AAGAAGAAGAAGAGUGAUAAAGAGUUGGGGAAGGAGGGAGAAGAGUCGGCUGGACAUGGGGCUUUGUGCUGUUCUCCUCAUCUGUCUCUCCCAGGCUGAGCUGGGGAGAGUCUGGGCUCAAGAGCACGAAGAUGCACUGAGAGGGACUCCUCUGCGGACGGAUGGGGAUCCUUCCGGUUUUCACAGAACCAGGAGGGACCAGCAGACCCCACACAAACACAGAGAUGCCCGAAACGCACAGGCUGAAGGAGGAGGAGGAGGAGGAGGAGGAGGAGGAGUGGAUAUCAGUACCCUGCCUGACAACAUGACCCGCGUAGUGGAGGACUCCCAGAGGUACUACAGAUGGCAGAGUUUUGGUCCAACAGACAGACGGACUCAGGACCUGUGGGUGGAUCUGAACGCCCUGCACAAGAGCCAAGUCCAGAUCCACGGCAUCCUGUCCAACACGCACCGGCAGGCAGCGAGGGUGGCGCUGUCUUUUGAUUUCCCUUUUUACGGACACUAUUUGAGACAGAUUAUCGUGGCGACAGGUGGGUUCAUAUUCAUGGGGGAGAUUACUCAUCGAAUGCUGACUGCCACACAGUACGUCGCUCCCCUCAUGGCCAACUUUGACCCGAGCUUCUCCAAGAACUCCACCGUGAGGUACUCGGACAACGGUAACCUAUUUGUGGUGCAGUGGGACAAAGUGCGGCUAAAGGACCGAGAGGCCGAAGGACCUUUUACUUUCCAGGCAGCCCUCCACAAGAAUGGAACAAUUGUCUUCAACUACAGAGAUGUCCCUGUGCCCGUGGUGAAAAUUAAUUCCACAGAGCAUCCAGUGAAAGUUGGACUGUCUGACGCUUUCAUGGCGUUCCUUCUCUCCUCACAGCCCUCAGAUCCGAAGCAUCGUACCAUCUAUGAGUAUCAUCGUGUUGAGAUCGACACCACAAAGAUCGUUAGCAGAUCUGCUUUCGAGUUCACCCCUCUGCCCACUUGUCUUCAACACACAUCCUGUGAACUCUGCCUGACAUCCAACCUGACGACUGGCUGCGGCUGGUGCAACACGCUUCAACGGUGCUCUGACGGUAUCGACCGGCACAGACAAGAGUGGCUGGAUUAUAACUGCCCUGAAGAGGCAAAAGGCACAUGUGAGGACUACAACCCGGUUCUACCUGAGGGAUCCAUGGGCUCCUUCAACAACUCUUCUCCAGGUCCAACACCUUCUGCAGCAGUGCUCGAAGACCAGCCCGUCACUAGAGAUUUACAGACGGGUCCUCCGAGCCAUAAGGGGAUAACGGAGAACACAGCCAUCAUAGCAGGUGUGGUUGCCGCGCUGGUUCUGCUUGUAAUUCUCACCUUACUGGCUGUGUACUACAUCAACACACACCCAACAGUGGCUCCACCGUUCUACCUCAUGCAGCGACGCACCAAUAACUACUGGCCCUCCAUGAAGUUCCGCAACCAGGGCUGUCACUCCAGUUACGCUGAAGUCGAGCUUGGGGGUCACGAAAAGGAAGGUUUCAUUGAAGCUGAGCAGUGCUACUGAAGGUCCUGGACUUGCAAGACUCGGUCAGAAGAAGAAAGGACACCAUCUAGCGGACUGCAAAGGUAUCACAAGGGGAUGAAUAAGGACUAUUAGGCCGACCAUCGACACAGAACGCCCCAACUCCAACCUUGGCGGCUGGACGGUGUUUACUGUAACUGCUCCUGUAGCUCUAUCCAGCUGUCUCUGUGUAUUUUGCUCUUUGCCAUCACACAGGGGAUUUUGCAAUAUUAUCCGAGGGUUGGAGGGUCUGAGAUGAAGCCGACUGUACAGAAAAUGACGUGUAACUGUACAAAACCCAUCAAUGCAAAGGGGAUGUCAGGGAACGAAAAUCGAACAAGCCUUCAUACUGCAAACCAAUGUAUAGCUCAACUUAACUAUGUGUUUCUGUUUUCAUUCUGUUUAUUUUUUGUUUCAUGAAACUUCCAUGCGACCAAUGAUCAAUUCAUAACAUGUUAUAUCUCUGUGGACUUCACUAUAACAGAUAUUUAGCUAUAUAACUGAUAGUGAUUAUAAUGACCAUCUUGAACUUCUCUGGAGAAAUAUUGUUUGGAUGAAUUUUAAAAGGCGUCAAGUUAGGAGAGUUUUCUUUGAACCUUUCUGUUUAAAUGUCUUCUAAUAAAAGCUGGUGGUGAGUGUUGA